GUGGAGAAUGCCGCAGCCCCGGGUCAGGCUGAUCGUGACCGGGGACGACUUUGGUUACUGUUCGCGAAGAAACCGGGGAAUCGUGGAGUGUUUUAAAGCCGGCGCCGUCUCCAACGCCUCUCUCCUCGUCAACGGCAACUCAGCCCAGGAGGCUGCCACGCUAGCCUCGAGACAUGGAAUUCCACUUGGUCUGCACGCUAACCUGUCAGAGGGUUUACCUGUUGCUCAGCCACUCCGGCUGGGAUUAUCCCUGCUCAACAAGCGUGGAGUUUUUCACGGAAAAAUGGGAUUUCGGGAUAUCCUAAAGAGCGGAGCCAUCAAACUCCCAGAGGUUGAUCAGGAGCUGAGGGCUCAGGUGGAGCGGUUCCGUGAACUGACGGGAUAUUUACCGCAUCACAUGGAUGGGCACCAACACGUACAUGUUUUACCCGAUAUCCGCGAUGUAUUUGCAAACGUGCUCUCGGAUUAUGGGAUCAGGUUCACACGGGUCCCCAUCGAGCCGGGGCUCAGAGACUGCCACUGGAUCUCACACCAACUGAUGGCGUUUUACCGGGAGGUGGAGGAGGAUGCGUUCAGUUCAAUGCACGUGUUUCGAAGGCAUGGAAUCAGGUGGCCUGAUAUCUACAUCGGUUUGACUACUAUGGGGAAGCACAUGGCAGUGCAGAGCAUCCAGGCAGCCAUUGGCAACGCCACAGCAUCACAGAGGCUGAAGGAGAACUCCUUGGACAUUGCUUUUGGGGGGGAAAUGGGGUCCGUGCCAGGGGAUGGGUCCCUGACGAUGGAGUUGAUGGUGCAUCCUGGUUAUCCCAGCGUUCCCCAGGAAGGAGGGUGUGGAGAGGGCCCGGAUGAGUUUUCCCAGUCUCGGGAACGCUUGAACGAGUUGAAGACUCUUAAGGACCCCAGGCUCCUAAAAUAUUACGAGGAGAAUAAUAUUCUACUGUGCGCAUUUAAACAUUUAUAAAAGGGAAUAGACAGAAGGUAGGAGAUAGAGAAGAGGCUGGAUGUUCAAUGAAGGAAAGCUUAGGAGAUAUGUGUCAUAGGUUAGAAAAUGGCAUAGCUUUUAUAAUAAUAAUAAUCCUUGCAUUUGAUACAGCGCCUU